UGUCCCUGCUCUCUCCGUUACUGAAAGUGGCCGCCUCUCUGCUGCUGCCGGCCCAGCGAUCACAGAUUCGCUCGUUGCCCAGCACCGCCAUUUUGGAGACAGAGAGGCGAUAGCCGGCAGCAGCUGAGAGAGAGAGAGAAAAGGGGACCGGGGCUUGAGCAUUGCAGUUUAAAGCCCACACUUGGGUGUGAGAGAAGUGUUCUAUGGCCUCAGAGUUAGAUGAAGUGGAAGAUGGAGGCUGUUCAGAACUGGCGAGACCUCUUCAUCUGCAGUAUCUGGAACGAGCCCUAAAGCUAGACACCUUCCUACGACAGACUGCAACUUUCUUCAACAGAAAUGUCUCAAGUGACGAUAGCGAUGAUGGUUUGGAUAUGGGUUCAUCCUUGGCCCGCUCAGAACCCUGCCCUCUACUGAGAGUCAAAGAGGAGCCCGUGGACCCAGAGGAAGAGGGCGUGGAGCCCUGCGGAGCAGCCGAGUCUGGGGUCUGGCCAGAAACCAGCUCAUUCAACGGAGCUCUGCAUCAGGCACCAAAAAUAGACAAAGGCAGUUUGUACAACUUUUCGAAGCUGAAGAAAAGCAGAAAGUGGCUUAAGGGUAUCUUAUUGAGCGACGACACCACAGACUCAGACUCAGAUACAGACGAGGAGGACUUCACACUGUCUAAAGAAGAGCUUCAGGACAUGCUGAGGUUGCACAGAUACAAGAAGCUUCAUCAGAACAAGUUCCACACAGACAGAGAGUUGCAGCAGUACCAGUACUACAGUGCAGGGCUUCUUUCCACUCAUGACCUAUUUUAUGAACAGCAGCGCCACCUACUGGGACCCAAGAAAAAGAAAAUUAAAGAGGAGAAGAAAUUAAAGGCAAAGUUAAAGAAGGUGAAAAAGAAGAGGAAGCGUGACGAGGAGUUCCUCUCUGAGGGACGGCAGUACACCACCAAACUGUUUGCCAAGUUCUCCCACGAUGCUCCCCCGCCCCUAUCCAAGAAGAAGCACCUAACAGUCGAACAGCUGACGGCACGGCGACGCAAAGUCUGGCUGACUAUUGCCAAAAAAGAAAACCCUAAGACAUUCAAGCAGAAAGCCUCAGCACGGAACCUUGUCAUAACAAAUGCCAGAAAGCUGGCCCACCAGUGCAUGAGGGAGGUGAGACGAGCGGCAAUCCAGGCCCAGAAGAACUGCAAGGAAACCCUUCCGCGGGCCCGCCGUCUCAACAAGGAGAUGCUGCUGUACUGGAAGAAGUACGAGAAGGUGGAGAAGGAGCAUCGCAAGCGGGCUGAGAAGGAGGCUCUGGAACAGAGAAAGCUCGACGAGGAGAUGAGGGAGGCCAAGAGACAACAGCGAAAGCUAAACUUCCUGAUCACCCAGACCGAACUGUACGCCCAUUUCAUGAGCCGCAAGCACAACGCAGAGAGUGAUGGGAUACAGGAUGAGAUCUUGAUGAAACUGGACGACAGCUCAGCGCACCGCCAGAUUGAUAUUGGUGGAGGCGUAAUGGUUAAUGUCAGCCACGAGGACUACGACAGUAACUAUUACAAGUCUGAGGCUCUGAAGAAUGCAAAGGAGGCCUUCCAGAUCCACCAAGCUAGAACGCGGCUGUUCGAUGAAGAGGCGAAGGACAGCCGCUGUGCUUCUGUGCAAGCUGCUAGUGAUGCCAGUUCUUGUUUUGGAGAGAGCUACAGCCUGGCUAACCCAUCAAUCCGCGCAGGAGAGGAUAUUCCUCAGCCCACCAUCUUCCACGGCAAGCUGAAGGGCUACCAGCUGAAGGGCAUGAACUGGCUUGCAAAUCUCUAUGAACAGGGUAUCAAUGGAAUCCUUGCUGAUGAAAUGGGGUUGGGUAAAACUGUGCAGAGUAUUGCUCUUUUGGCUCAUCUCGCUGAGCGAGACAACAUCUGGGGUCCAUUUUUAAUCAUAUCUCCCGCUUCCACCCUGAACAACUGGCACCAAGAGUUCACCAGAUUUGUUCCGAAAUUCAAGGUGCUGCCUUACUGGGGGAACCCCCAUGACAGGAAGGUAAUCCGUAAAUUUUGGAGUCAGAAAACUUUGUACACGCAAGAUGCACCGUUCCACGUGGUGAUAACCAGCUACCAGCUUGUCGUCCAGGAUGUGAAGUAUUUCCAGCGGGUGAAGUGGCAGUACAUGGUACUGGAUGAGGCACAGGCUCUCAAGAGCAGCACCAGUGUGCGGUGGAAGAUUCUGCUCCAAUUUCAGUGUCGAAAUCGAUUGCUGCUGACAGGAACUCCAAUCCAGAACACAAUGGCUGAGCUCUGGGCACUUUUACAUUUCAUCAUGCCCACUCUGUUUGACUCCCAUGAAGAGUUCAAUGAGUGGUUUUCUAGAGACAUUGAGAGCCAUGCGGAAAACAAGUCGGGCAUUGACGAGAACCAGCUGUCUCGGUUGCACAUGAUACUGAAGCCCUUCAUGUUGAGACGUAUUAAGAAGGAUGUAGAGAAUGAGCUGUCUGAUAAGAUUGAAAUUCUCAUGUACUGUCAACUGACCGUCCGUCAGAAACAUCUGUACCAGGCUUUGAAGAACAAAAUCUCAAUCGAAGACCUUCUCCAGUCUUCAAUGGGCACAACACAGCAGGCACAGAACACAACCAGUAGCUUAAUGAACCUUGUCAUGCAGUUUAGAAAGGUGUGUAACCAUCCAGAUCUGUUUGAACGACAGGAAACCCGAUCCCCAUUUCACAUGUCCUUGAAACCCUAUGUCAUGUGCAAGCUUCUUUACCGCCAGGGCCUGGUCUCCACAUUCAACCAGUGCCGCACCAGGUUGUUACAGGUCCUCCUUUCGCCAUUUGCACCAGAUCACAUCCAUCAGUCCUUAUUUCACAGGAAAGGGAACAAUGAGGGCAGUUGCUUCUCUUUCCUGCGGUUUAUAGAUGUGUCUCCUGCUGAAAUGACCAAUAUAGUGCUUCGAGGAAUAUUAGUCAGGUGGUUAGCUCUUUUUUUGUCUCUGAAGUCUUCUUACCGGCUCUACCAGCAGCGCCUGUGGGCUGCAGGAGGGGGUGAAGCUGAGGCCAAAUCUGUGUUUCUAGGCAACAAGGAUCUCAUUCUGUGGUUGGACUCCCCAACCUCCUUCCCCAGUGUCCAGAGCACUCCAGCAUUACAGGACCUCAUUUUCACUAGCCAGAAUAGUUUAGUCAUAGGCCAUGCAGACCUGGUUAUACACCGAAGGAAAUCGGCUACCUCAACCAUCCGGCAAUGCCAACGAACAGAACUUCCAAAAUUUCUGUUCAACUCUAUACCGCGGAUAACAGCAGUCCCUAUGGAUCAAUACUGUAAUGACCGCAGUGCUGAUUAUGAGUGGAGGGUGACGAGAGAUGGCGGGGGUCUCAUGGUCAAGCAGUGCUUCAUGUAUGGAGCUCCAGAGCUGGCAAGCAAUUGGGUGGGGCACCGGCCAUCGUUUUUCCCCGAGAGCCCUGGGGGUGUGAUGGCACUCUACCCACGACACGGCUGGUCCUUCAUCAGGAUCCCAGACAAGGAGACUUUGAUCACGGACAGUGGGAAGCUGCACACUCUGGACCUGCUCUUGACCAGGUUGAAAUCUCAUGGACACCGAGUCCUCAUCUACUCUCAGAUGACUCGAAUGAUAGACCUGCUGGAGGAGUAUAUGGUUUUUCGCAAGCAUACAUACAUGAGGCUAGAUGGGUCUUCGAAGAUUUCGGAGAGGCGUGACAUGGUGGCAGAUUUUCAGAGCAGAACCGAUAUCUUUGUCUUCCUCUUGAGUACUAGAGCUGGGGGCCUUGGCAUCAAUCUGACAGCUGCUGACACAGUUAUAUUUUACGACAGUGACUGGAAUCCAACAGUGGACCAGCAAGCCAUGGACAGAGCCCACAGGCUGGGACAGACCAAGCAGGUGACUGUGUACAGGUUAAUAUGCAAGGGGACAAUCGAAGAGAGGAUAUUACAGCGAGCCAAGGAGAAGAGUGAGAUCCAACAAAUGGUGAUCUCGGGUGGGAAUUUCAAACCAGACACUCUGAAACCAAAGGAGGUGGUCAGUCUGUUACUGGAUGACGAAGAGCUGGAAAAGAAAUUGAGAAUGCGACAGGACGAAAAGAGACAACUGGAAGAGUGCAAUAAAGUUAAAGAUCGCAAGCGAAAAAGAGACAAAUACGCUGAAAAGAAGAAGAAGGAAGAUGAGGUGGAUUUAAAAAAGAAAAAAGAAGGGGUGAAUAUUGUCAUUCCUUUCCUGCCGUUAGCAGACAACUCUAACCUGUCUGCAGACGGAGACGAUUCCUUUGUCAGUGUGGAUUCGGCAAUGCCUAGCCCCUUCAGCGAGAUCUCAAUGAGCAGUGAGCUGCUAGCAGGAUCGAUACCUGCGGACGAGAGCAGCAGUGACAUGCUGGUGAUUGUUGAUGAUCCGACGUCCUCCGCUCCCCAGUCUCGGGCAACCAACUCGCCUGUAUCAAUCACAGGCUCUGUGUCUGACACCAUAAACGGCAUCUCCUCUCAGGACACGUCCAGUCCGGGGCGUGGAAGGUCGGGUCGUUCCCGCGGGCGCCCCAAAGGCUCAGGUGGAGGGACCAAGUCAGCUGGGAAGGGGAGGAGCCGCAAGUCAACCGCAGGAAGCGCCGCAGCGAUGGCAGGGGCCAUGGCGGGAGCUGCAGCUGCCUCCGCGGCUGCUUACGCAGCAUACGGGUACAGCGUAUCAAAAGGUAUUGCGGCAAGCAGCACACUGCAGCCUUCCCUCUCACGAUCCUCCAGCACAGCCACCUUCAUCCCUACAGGCGCUUCCUCUCCGCUAGCCUCACCGCAGGGUAAAGGGAACGGCAUCCUUGCCAGCCAACAAACCCUAAGCCAUACUAGCACCCCCAACCCUCCAACUCCCAGUAGAAAGAAUAAAGGACCCAGUACACCAGGAGGACAGUAGCAGAAGCCCUGCAUCAGGAGAGCUAGGCUGCCAUUGCAAUCUCACUGCACCUUCGAACCCCAGUCCUUUUAGAGGCUUAAUUGGAAACAGAACCACAGCAUACAGGCAUCAAAGAAGCACAGAUUUUAGUAUUGUAUUCUUCAGCAAACGCUAGGUCAAGUCACUUGUGAUUCAAUAUCUAGAAAUCAACAGCUUACAUUUCUUGCUAUUCAGCUUUCUGGAGAACAAAAGUUGCCAAUGCUGCAGUACAAAAUGGGAGGAAUAAAAAGACACGUUGAGGCAGAAAUAAUAAUGGAACAUCACAGAGGACACACGCACAGCAGAGGGCUGCUUGAUGAAACAUUUUUUUUGCCCUUGUUUAUUUAUUUAUUUUUGGUCUUCAGCAUUUGUGUUGUUGUAUUUUGCCAGACAAUGUAAAUUCAACUCCCUCGUUAGUUGUUUAUUUAUAAUUUGCAUACCACCAGGCAAAAAAAAAAACCCAAAGUGUUGAGUGACCAUUUUCGUUAGGCUGGUGUCCAACACAGUUGUAGAAUAAAGUGGUAUAAUUCUCUUUUGAGCGUUAUCUAAUACAUCUUUUACUAAAAUCCUUCUUGGUUUUUCAUUUAAAGAAUCAGUAUAUUUAUCUGUGCCCUGAAUAAUAACCCCCACCUUGUUUUCUGUGAUUAAUUCCGAAAUAGUUUUAAUGUUCUCAGUAUUAAAUGAAAGAACGUCCUUGCUGUACCAUGCAGUAAAACAUGUCGUGGUAUUAAUCAGUGUAGAAAGUAUGCCACACCUUUUAGAAUCCAUUUCAUAUCCUUUAUUUCCAUAUUGUUUUCUUUAGAUGUACAGUGAGCCACAUCCCAGUUGGAAUUACACUUUACACAUACAGUGACAUCCUUAACAGAAACUGGGACAGGACGGUGUCACUCAUUCAGUAUUUCACGAUUGUGACACAUUGACCGAUGCAGAGAGUGUAAGUGCCUGCAGAACAACAUGGACGAGAGUGCUUCUCUGUACCAUCAGAGGGUGUAUGGCAUCGAAAGCUAACUGACAUUACUGAAAGAGCAACUUGGUCUGAGCCAGAAACACCUCCAUUAUCUUGCCUAAUAUAUUCUUCUGGGUGUUUAGAUUUAGUUCUGUAUGUCAUUUAAUUUUAAGAUUCAUUCAUCACAUUCUCAUGACAUUUUGAAACUCUUAAACGUGAAUGUCAUUAACCUGUCCCCCUGCAACACUGCUCCUGUUGGAUUUAAGAAAUACAUCAGUAAUUAAAACCACAUAAAACACAUGUGGUAUUUCCUGUAUCCACUGGGGGCAGAGUGCUUCAAGGUGAAGGUCAGUUUUUAAAAGUCACAAGGUUGUGAUGACUGAAACAGAAAUUAUAUACAAAGUGAUUUUAAACAAGAAUAAAUUAGUUAGGAUAAAUAACAUUUGAGUUUCUCUUUAAGGGAAGGCAAGUGGAUUUUAAAACAUAAGUUGCUAUGCCUAGUAAAAUUGUAUUAUAAGGAAUGGGAAUUAAUUUACAAAAUAUUUCCACUGAAAAAGUCUGAGGAUAUUGUGUGGGGUUCUUACCUAACAUUUUGCACAAAAGAAAAAUGCAGGAAACAGGUUAAUCACAGAAGUUUGAUGGAAGAUGCACAAAAUCAAGAGUGGGUUCCCUUAUUGCAAACCCCUGAAUGUAAAAAGAAAAAAAUGAUAAUAAAAUACAGAUUGUUUUGUAUUAUAGUCUUUAUUUUUUUUAAAAGAUGCAGUGUUGAAGGAGAUCAAUUAUUGUACCCAUGUAAACAGUAACCACAACCAACUAAAGGCAAAGAAAAUGAUUCGAGUGAGGAAAAGCUACAUUUACAUUUGCAGGAAAUCUAUUGAAAGAAAUGGGUUAAGAUACAUCCGACAAUUAUAAAUAUAAAACUGCAGGUUAGUUUAGUAGAAAUACCAAAAAGGAAACUCUCAAAAUUCUUCAAACCUUUCAUAAAGACAUUAAAAUAUUACUCAAUGGUUAAAUUAGUAUUUAAAGACAAUUUCAAAUGUUAAGUACUGUAAUAUUUCAUUUAAAAUAUGACAAAAAAUAAAUUGCACUACAAUGGGUAUUUGAUGUGAGGAUGCAAUCAACCUCCAUAGUUUCAACAAUUACAGUGACAAAAUAAUGGUUGUCAUGGUCCCAAUAGACCAAAGAGGUACCUUUCCCACUUAUCAUUUAGACUUUGAGUUAUACCAAGUCAUACAGUACCAAAAUCUCCUUUAACAAUUCACAGCUUCAGUGUUGCAGAUGACACUGGAACAUAAAAUCUUUUGCGUUCGGAAACCACAUUGUCUUUUGUGUUUGUUGCCUGAAAUUAAUGUAAAUACUGAUAGGGGAUGCUACCCCUUUGUUUUUCCUUUUAAUGUUUGUCUAUUUUUAUAGGUAAUUGUGUACAUAUGUAUAAACUGCCCUUUUACUAACUGGAGAAACAAACUCAAAAUAAACAGUGAUAGAGAAUAA